UACAGCACAAACCAGGUGUCAUGGAGCACAUUAUGUGCUGCGUUCAAGUACACUACUUUGGAGUAAGCGGCAAGGAAACAUGAAUCGGCCGUACGCGUGGGGCUUCCCGGCCAAGCAAAUUGGCCUGGAGGAGGACUUCUUCAUCGACUACGGCGAAGAGGAAAUAGUCGAUUACCAAGACCCCGGUCAUCUUGUGACCGCUUUGAAACAAAAGGAGGAAGAGGUUAUUUUGGCUGCCCAGCUGGGGAAUGCUUUGCUCCUGGAAAAUCGUCAACUCAAAGAGCAGAGCGUCAAACUACAUGAGAACUACGCAGAAAAGCUGGAGGAACUGGAACAGAGCAAUCAUGAGCUACGCUUGAAGCUGGAAAACUGCCAAUCUCAAUUGGAGAGUCAGGUGGGUUACCUGGAAAGGGAUUCCAGGGAAUUGAGUGCUCAGGUGCAGCAGCUCACUCGGGCCUUGUGCCAGGCUGAGAAGGACAAGAUCCAAGCCCAGAUGGAUUACAGUGAGAACACACAGCGACUAAAGGAGAAGCUCAACACUGCAGCGGAGGUGGAGAGGGUGAUGUCCAGUGAGCUGCGGACUCUUAAACAAGAUCUGAAAAAAAACACAAAGCAGAUUAGGCCUCAGGAUGAGGAGGUGAUUAGUGCCAUGAGAGAGCAGGUUCUCCGCCUGACGCAAAGGGAACAGGCGCUGGAGGAGCGUUUGGAGAGCGUUUGUCAGGAGAAUGCUGAGCUCAGAGCCAACUUGGCCUCUUUGAAUGCACGUUUGGCUAUGCAGGAUCAGCUCAACCAACAACAUAACCAACGGCUCGCUGAAGCAUUACAGGAGCUGGAGGUGGCGCAAAGUCGCUCACAGCAGCUUCAAGCACAGGUGGAGGAGCUGGAAGAACAAGUCUCCCUUCAAGAAGCCAAGAGUCUUGGCGAUGCGUCCCUACUUUCUGAGUUGGACACGGCCGACCUAGGAGUCAGUAAAGAAGAGCUAACAGAAGAAAUGGGUUUGAUCUGCCAGCUACUGCUACCGCUGGCCCAGAACAGCGCAACAUGCGCAAAUGCCGAUCAAGGGGAGAACCUAAAGAGCGUUCUGCACCAACUGAAGACCGUGGCCCAAAGUCUGGCGCAGUCCUCUGGAGCACAGACGUUCCAGCUGCAGCAGGAGAAUGCUGCAAUGAGGCAGAAGCUGCAGAACGUCAAAGAGCGGGCGGAAGUCACCCAACAGGCCAUCAGAGACCGAGAUGAGGCCAUUGCCAAGAAAACCCUGAUGGAGGCCGAGUUGGUCCGGAGUAAAAAUGAAAUGAUGUCUCUGAACAACCAAUUAUUAGAUGCUAUUCAACGUAAACUGGAGCUUUCACAGGAAUUGGAGGCCUGGCAGGACGACAUCCAGAUCGUCAUCAACCAGCAGCUGAUGUCGCAGCAGCAAUCGGAGCAGCCUUCAAAGAAGAUCACCUCACAGGGAAUGUCAUUCUUUCGCAAGUCCAACAAGACCGCUUUCCCUUGGAGUGUAGACGCCAAUCAGGACAAGGCCCAGUCCCCGUGGCGGGAUUGGUUAAGACGAAGCAAAGGCGCAUCCUAUAGCAAGUAAAUAACUGAUGGGCUUCAAGCUGCCAGCUGCUUGCUCAGGAGAAUUAGUUGAAAAUGAUUGGAUGGCGGAUGUUUGAUGAAAAGCAGCCAUAAAGACACUCGUGAUCACAGACGUUGGCGAUCGAAUGAACAACAAAGCACAUUUCAAGUCAAGCUUCCUUCCACUGUGACCAACCCUUGAACACUUUUUUUUUCUCUGUUCACAGGGUGUUGCUUAAGAUUGUAAAUAUUGUUUAUUUUUGAAUUAUUGAUUUUGUAAAUGUCUUUGCAUUGUUGCUUUAUAUAGUCUGUUUCAGAGAGGCGGCUACAGGUUUUGCUGCUGUGAAUUAACGAAAAAGAGGAGAGCCAGGGAAUGAGGACUGAACAAUGCAUUUGUACUAAUUAUUUUAUUUUCCGAGUUAGAUGUACAAGUUACAUUGUCUUCUUCUCUUACAUUACCAAAAAAAAAGGUAAGUGUGAGAGGAAGAGUUCCAGAAAAGUAGUUUGAGAAAGUUCUUACUUUUGCACUUUAUUUGGGUUUUUGUAAAAAUACCGAACACAUUCAAUAACCAUACCUUGUUCCAUCAUAGCAUCGUUAAUGUGACUAUAUUUGGAAUGAUUUCUAAUUGUCAUAUCUAAUAAACCAUUCUCAUGUGUUUGGUCAUAA